AUGCAUAACACAUUGCCGCUGGAGUUACCAUCAAGAAUCGUAGAGCCUCACCGUAGUAGAUCUUCGUCUUGGUCUUGGCGAAGGACGAAUAACCGACUGAGACAUGAACCUCGGCUAUCAUUACAAUACCAGAAUGAUGAGAACAGCUACCUGCUUCGAUUGAAAAUAGUGGGGGCUUACUCAUUAGCGAAGAAGGAUAUAUUUGGUGCUAGUGAUCCCUAUGUCCGCGUGGAACUGCAAAAGAUCGAUGGAGACGUCACGGUCGAAACUUUUCUUACGAAAACCAAGAAAAAGACUCUUAAUCCAGUGUGGAAUCAGGAGUUUAUAUUCAGGGUGAAACCCCGAGAGCAUAAGCUGUUGAUCCAGGUGUUUGACGAGAACCGUCUGACCAGGGAUGACUUUCUGGGCAUGGUGGAGGUUUCGCUGGCCCACGUGGGCUUGGAGAGCGCCUCGCACGGCCGGCCGCCGACCGUGCGGCACCCGCUGCGUCCGCGCAGGUCCGUCGCUCGUUCCCGGGUCCGAGGCUACAUCGAGGUCUACCACGCGCUGAUCGGAAGGGUUGGGGACCCUGGAACCGAGGAUGCCCCCAACCCCGCGCCUGACGACUGGGAACUGGUGGAGCCUUCGCAGCAAGUCGGGAACGUUGAGCCCAUACGAGAUGUGUCGACGGUACCGUCGUUCAUCGACGACGACUGGCUGGUGGUGGAAACUUCGGACUUGCACGACUUAGUGAUCGGCGGGGAUCCACUGCCCUUGGGUUGGGAAGAGAGACAGGAUGCGAACGGCAGGACUUACUACGUGAAUCAUAUAGCGCGGUCCACGCAGUGGGAGAGGCCGACGUUCACCCGCAACACGAGCACGGAGUCGCAGGCGGAGCGCAUGGAGACGGCGGUGACGGAGUUCCAGCGCCGCUUCCACAUCUCGGCCGACGACGAGGCCGCGGGCGCCGCGCCGGCGCGCCAGGAGGAUAUGAGUGAAAGACAAGCUGAAAAUUCAAAUGAAAAUACUCCAUUUUCGACGCCGAUCCUGUCGCCGGAGCUGAGGGAACAACUUCCUACGGAUACACCGACAAACAUAACCACCGACUGUGAUACUAAUGUAAGACAAACCUCAAACGAGGAAGACGAUGUGGUGUGCGGUAACGAAAACGUUGUCCCCGCGGCAGAAGUAGACGGUAACCAAUCCGAAGAACCUUCUGAAAAUGCUCAAGAAACUAACGUCAACCGAAAUGCUAGUCAAGAAACUGUCGAAUCGGAAGUGAACGGCGCUGACACUGGUGCUGCAACUGAGCUGCAAGCGGCUGUCGAGUCGCUAGCUUUGAACGACACGGAAUCAAACGAAGUCAUCGACGAAGAUACGAGGACCGAAAUAGAGGAGAUAACGUUUGGUAGAGAGAGAACAUUAACUGAAGAAACGGGAGAUGGAUCGGGGGAGUCGUUGACCUUUGACGAGAAUCACUUCAGUACGCCUACUGGAGGCGUGACUCCCGAAAGAAGGGCGUCGACAUCUCGAAGGAGAAGGACCACCGCAAGCUCUAUGGAAGAUUCGGAGGACGAGACAGAUGGCUCAACUGAAAGUACGAGAAGCGGCAGUUCUAGCAGCAGCCAGAGUCAGAAUCUACCGAAUAGUGAUGGUUUGCCGCCUGGUUGGAGCAUGCAGCGCGCUCCGAACGGGAGGAUAUUCUUCAUCGACCACAAUCAGAAGACCACGACAUGGAUCGAUCCAAGAACAGGGUGCGCGUCCAGCCUGCCGGAGGCGGCGGGGGAGGCGGGCGCGGGCGCGGGGGCGGCGGCCGACGAGCUGGGCGCGCUGCCCGAGGGCUGGGAGGAGCGCGUGCACACGGACGGCCGGAUCUUCUUCAUCGACCACAAUACCCGUACAACGCAGUGGGAGGACCCGCGGCUCUCCAACCCCCAGAUCGCGGGCCCGGCCGUGCCGUACUCACGCGACUACAAGCGCAAGUAUGAAUACCUCAAGAGCCAGCUGCGUAAACCGAGCAACGUGCCCAAUAAGUUCGAGAUCAAAGUGCGUCGAAACUCGAUCCUGGAGGACUCGUACCGCAUCAUCAGCUCCGUCAGCCGCAUCGACCUGCUCAAGACCAAACUGUGGGUUGAGUUCGAGUCGGAAGUGGGCCUUGAUUACGGCGGUCUAGCUCGAGAAUGGUUCUUCCUAUUAUCCAAGGAGAUGUUCAAUCCCUAUUACGGCCUGUUCGAAUAUUCGGCAAUGGACAACUACACGCUUCAGAUCAACCCCAACAGCGGGGUGUGCAAUGAGGAACAUCUCAAUUACUUCAAGUUCAUCGGCAGAGUCGCCGGCAUGGCGGUUUAUCAUGGGAAGUUGCUUGACGCAUUCUUCAUCCGUCCAUUCUACAAGAUGAUGCUGGGCAAGCCCAUCGAGCUGCUGGAUAUGGAGUCCGUCGACCUCGAGUACUACAACUCGCUCAUGUGGAUCAAGGAAAACGACCCAUCGGAGCUGUACCUAACGUUCGCAGUGGACGAGGAACAAUUUGGAAAGACCAUCCAGAGAGAGCUGAAGCCGGGGGGUGCCAACAUUCCCAUCGACAACGAGAACAAGGACGAGUACAUCAAGCUGGUGAUCCAGUGGCGCUUCGUCAGCCGCGUCCAGGAGCAGAUGUUCGCGUUCCUGGAGGGGCUGGGCGCGCUCGUGCCGCUGCCGCUGCUGAAGAUCUUCGACGAGCACGAGCUGGAGCUGCUGCUGUGCGGCAUCCAGCACAUCGACGUGCGCGACUGGCGCGCCAACACGCUCUACAAGGGCGACUACCACGCCAACCACCUCGUGGUGCAGUGGUUCUGGAGGGUGGUGCUGUCGUUCUCCAACGAAAUGCGGUCCCGCCUGCUCCAGUUCGUGACGGGAACGUCCCGCGUCCCCAUGAAUGGCUUCAAGGAGCUUUACGGCUCCAACGGGCCGCAGCUCUUCACCAUCGAGAAGUGGGGCUCGCCCGACAACUACCCGCGCGCGCACACCUGCUUCAACCGUAUCGACCUUCCACCUUACGAGAGCUACCAGCAGCUCAGGGAGAAGCUCGUGAAGGCAAUUGAAGGGUCGCAAGGGUUCGCUGGGGUUGACUGAGAUUUAAUUAACGACACCGACGCAUUUAUCAGAGCCAUACUGUACGGUUGAUAGCCUCGAGGACCUGUUCACCUCAUUAGGUCUUGAGGGCUACGAAAGUGAUACAGUGCUUGUGAACAUUUUGUGAAGACAACGAGUUUUUUCAUAUAAGUGUCUUUACCCGCAUAUGUCACGUUAGUUUUAGUGGUCGUAAACAUUUUUUAAGAGGUUCGGAAUUUUCCUUAAAUGUCUAAAUCGAUUUCAAUUGCUUUUUUUAAUAAUUAUACACGAAAUAAUUUUUCUUUUGUCGUUCUUUUGAAUCCUAUUCUAUGUGUACAAGAAUACAUAAAAUAUUUUGCUAUUUUCCGUAUUCGCAUCUAAAAAACAAUAGUUAACUAAUAUGGUAUAAAAUUAACUUCAAUUAAAAUAUUUGAUAUAAAGAAGAGAUUUAAAUUAAAAAAAAUGCCAUUUUGUCAAUAGUAAUAUAAAUAUGGUGCCAUUUAGAUGUGACUCAAAUUAGACAAUAUACAUUUAUGUCGGUGGGGUUGCUAGAAUAUAUAAUUGGAAACGAGUGAGUGUAUAAUUGAGAUGCCUUGUAUAGUUAUAUCGUAAUGUUACUACAUAAUUAUUGCUAAUACGUGUACUAAGAGUAUUUUUUUGCUGAAAUCUUAUUUAUUAAAGGCGCUGGUUCACUUUUUAUAGCCUAUUUAUUAAGGUUUCUUAUAGGCAAUAGAUAAUCAUCUAUGACGCUAUGACUCAUAAUAGUCGAGUAAUAACUAUUAAUGUCGAUCAAUACAAGAGGUACUUAAAAAUACACCGCUAUCAUCUAGUUCUUAAUAAAAAAAAAUAUUUUAUAAAAUAAUUUACCCGCCAUUAGAUAUUAAAAGUGAAGUUGUGUAUUAUAAAUAUCUAUUAAUUGUCUGGCAACCCUGAAUACGUUAAUGCAUUUAAAAAUUUACGAUAAAACACUGUCAAUUUAUUCGUUUUUUAUAUAAAAUUGCUAAUUAUAAUUAUAUAUAUUAAAAAUUCGUCGCUAUUCGAACCUUAAUGUAAAAUCAUGAGUGAUAUUUAAUGUAACCUACCUAAAUAUGUUAUAAACGUUGAAAUAUUAAAAUUAUACAAUUAUUA